AGAUUCUACCAAGAGAAGUUAGGCAGAGAUAGAAGACAACUGACUGAGAGCGAAGGAGAUUGACAAACAAGACGCGAGAAACUAGAAAAGAAAACGGCAUCAAAAGCUUGAACAUACUUCAAGAAAUCAACUACUCAACGUAUUAUAAGUCUACCAACCUAGUGCUUCUACCCAUCUCUAUAACUCAUCAAGAUGAAAUUCUUACUUUUACUGACUGUCUUCGCUGUUAUAGCGCAAGGCAUCUUUGCUGCUCCAACAGGUCUUCAGAAGGAAGACCCACAGGAGCCACCACCACCAAAGAAACCCCAGGACAGCGUCGUCCAACACCAGGAACCCCUAGACGAGGAUCCGACUCCUGGAGCCUUCCAAGGAGACAUGAUGUUAACAGAUGAUCAGCUGAGACAAAUCGAGAUGGCCAUCGAUGAUCAGAAGGCUGGUCGUAAGAAGAGAAAAGCUGCCAUCAAUGAGAAUGCUCGUUGGACCUCCAACAUCGUUCCUUAUGAAAUCUCACCAUCUUCAAGUGGUGAUGCUACGGUGAUUCGUGCAGCUAUGGACCACUGGGAGCAGCAUACCUGUCUGAGAUUCGAACCACGAACUUCAUCACAUGCUAGUCAGCUAGGUCAUAACACCUAUCUUUCUUUCAUCAAGGGUGGUGGUUGCUGGUCCUAUGUAGGGAAGGUCUUCAAUGGUGAACAACAGAUCUCCAUCGGUUCAGGAUGUGAAUACCUCGGUAUUGUUGCUCAUGAGAUCGGACACGCCAUCGGGUUCCAUCACGAGCAAUCUCGACCAGACAGAGACGACUUCAUCAAUGUCCACUUUGAAAACAUCCAAUCCGGACUUGAAGGCCAAUUCGAAAAGUAUGACUGGAACGAAGUCACGACACGCAACGUCGAGUACGAUGUCGGUUCCGUCAUGCACUACGGAUCACAUGGAUUCUCAGUGAACGGUCAACCAACUAUCACCACCAUUGAUCCUCUUCAAAUGCAUCUCCUUGGUAACCGAGAGGGUCUUAGUACUGCCGACAUCACACUAGCCAACCUCAUCUACGAGUGUGACAAUGAAUGUUCGACCACGGAGCAAUGUCAGAACGGUGGAUACCAUGAUAGCGACUGUAACUGCGUGUGUCCUCCAGGUUACAGCGGUGACUUGUGUCAGGAUGGUAGUGGACCUACAACCACUCCACCAUGUAUCCAAAGAUUGACUGAUACACAGGGAGAGAUUACGUCACCAAACUACCCCAGUAACUAUGACAACGAUCAAGAAUGCAUGUACCUCAUUGAGGGAGCUCCAGGAAGCUCGAUCGAGCUGACAUUCGUAGACAUGGACAUCGAAAACGAGAAUCUCUGUAGGUACGAUGCCGUCGAGGUACGCACAGACGACAUCAACAGUAUCGGAGAGAUCUUCUGUGGUAACACAAUACCCCCUGUCCAGAUCUCUAGCAGCAACCAGAUGUUGGUUUCUUUCACAUCUGAUUACAGCGUCACUGGGCGUGGUUUCAGAGCUACUUACGUCAUCCAGGGUGGUUCUACCACUGAGAUACCAACUACCUCUCCUCCAACUACCAAUCCUCCAGUCAUCGGGACAUGUGGAGGAAACUUUGUUGACAACCAGGGUUCAUUAGCAUCACCAAACUAUCCAAACAAUUACGAUGAUAACCUACAAUGUGUCUACGUGAUCGAAGUGGAGGCUGAUCGUCGAGUUGAGUUGACAUUCGCAGACUUCUCACUGGAGAAUCAGAAUACUUGUCGUUGGGACGCACUGGACAUCGAUCUCGGAGAUGGUGUCAGAGUUCCUAUGAAGAUGUGUGGAAGUGAGUAUCCAGCCGCUUCUUUGGUGUCAAUCGGUAACAGGAUGGAACUAACGCUGAAAACUGAUGUGUCUGUUAAUGAUAGAGGCUUCAGAGCAGACUACCGUGCUAUCGAUCUGUAAAACCGUCGAUAUCGUUAGCCAAAAAUAUCUUGGUAAAAACGUAUAUGAAACAUCUCUUGUCACACAUCUAUCAUGACUGUAAGGUCAAAUUGUAAAUACGAAGAAAUG